AUGGACUGCAACCCUGAUUACGAAAAUGCAACAUGGGCAUUUUAUCGAUUUGUACCGUCGAAAGAAGCCAACAUUGUCUUUGUGGUUCUUUUUGCGAUAACGACGCUGUUGCAUGUGCUGCAACUUUGGCGAACUCGAACAUGGUACUUGAUACCAUUGGUUGUGGGCGGAGUCUCGGCUUCAGGUGAGGUUAUUGGAUACAUCGGACGAGUCUUGAAUACCAAUGAAGAACCGGGCUGUUGGACGAUGGGACCAUACAUCAUGCAGAGUGUCCUGAUUCUUAUCGCACCUGCACUCUUUGCAGCUUCGAUUUACAUGAUUCUGGGGAGAAUCAUCAUCUUGACCGAAGGAGAACAUCACUCUCUAAUUCCACUCAAGUGGCUUACCAAGCUCUUUGUCUUUGGCGAUGUCGCAUCGUUUAUGCUCCAAUCAUCCGGUGGCGGUCUCAUGGCUAUUCAAGAUCUGAACAAGAUGGGCGAGAAGAUUAUUGUUGGGGGUCUUUUCGUCCAACUAUUCUUCUUUGGCUGCUUCAUCAUCGUCAGCGCCGUCUUCCACAUACGAAUGCUGCGCGCCCCGACACCGAAUUCAUCGCAGACCCGAGUCCGAUGGCAGACAUAUCUCGCAACGCUGUACGUGACAGGCGUUUUGAUUUGGGUGCGCAGUUUGUUCAGGGUAAUUGAGUUUAUCGAGGGCAACGACGGACACUUGAUGCGCAGCGAAGUAUGGGUGUUUGUAUUCGACGGCAUGCUGAUGCUUUUGGUGCUCGUUUGGAUGAACUGGUUCCAUCCCGGCGAGAUUGGACUUUUGAUUAGAGGCGAGGAAAGUAUCACGAAUGGACUCGAGUUGAUGAAGCUUGGAGGAUCUGGGAGGAGGAGUAGAGUUGAUACUAUGGAGAGUUUAGGAUCUGGCAGGCACCUGGAGGAGAAUACGGAGCGCUAA